CUCUGUUUUCUCGUCAGGCCUCUUCGUUCUAUAAAGUUGGUCUAAAGAGUAUCCAUCCAUCCACAACAGGAAAAAGAAAAAUGGAAGUGAAGAAUAAAUACAUAGUCACAAAGCAUCACAUUCAAGAUGCACCCAAAGAAGCCAACUUUGAGCUUAAAACAGAGACAAUUACUCUGUCCAUUGCGCCAGGUUCUGAUCAUAUCAUAGUCAAGAAUCUCUACAUUUCCAUCGACCCCUACCAGCUUAACCGCAUGAAACUUUCUAGUCCCUCCCAAGCUACUAUAAGCUUUGCAGCACCCAUAAACCCAGGCCAGGCCAUUGAUGGUGCUGUUAUUGGAAAAGUUGUGGCUUCUGGGAAUGCUAAGUUUCAGAAAGAUGAUUUGGUGCUGGGAGUAUUCACAUGGGCACACUACAGUUUGGUGAAGGAAGGGAAUAUCUUGAAAAAAUUAGAGUCCUCUGAAUUUCCACUACCCUAUUAUCUUGGAGUUCUGGGAUUCAACGGACUGUCAGCUUAUGCGGGGUUUUUUGAAUUGUGUAAACCCCAAAAGGGUGAAAAGGUUUUUGUCUCAGCAGCUUGUGGAGCCGUUGGAAAUUUAGUGGGUCAAUACGCGAAGCUUUUAGGUUGCUAUGUUGUUGGUUGUGCAGGUACUCACAAAAAGGUGGAAUUGCUUAAGCAAGAGCUGGGUUUUGACGAAGCAUUCAACUACAACCAAGAAAAAGAUCUAAACUCUGCUCUUAAAAGGUAUUUUCCGGAUGGAAUUGAUGUAUAUUUUGACAAUGUUGGGGGUGAGAUGUUGGAAGCAGCUGUUGGUAACAUGAAAAUAUUUGGAAGAGUGGCUGUUUGUGGGGUAAUAGCUGAGUACACGAGUGGUGGAAGAAAAGCUGCACCAAACAUGAUGGACAUUGUGUACAAGAGAAUCAACAUCAGAGGAUUUUUGGCUGCUGAUUUUCUGAAUGUUUUCGAAGAUUUUUAUGCAAAAACUUCGGAUUAUCUUCGUACAGGAAAGUUAAAGAUAAUUGAAGACAUUUCAGCAGGCGUGGAGAGCAUCCCUUCUGCUUUUGUUGGACUCUUCAAAGGGGACAACAUCGGAAAGAAAGUUAUAAGUUUAGUAGAAGAGUGAUGGAGGAACGAAGUGAAGGUUGAGUAAGAGAUUAGAGAAAAUGCUACUCAUUUGAUCUUUUAGAAUAAGGUUGUUGUUUUUGUUUAACAGGAGAUGAUGGGUGGUUCCAUCUUAGAAACAACAUCACGUAUUGAACAACGUUGUAUCCAAAGUGUGAUUUUUUAUGCGGAAAACUGUCCCAAAAUCUCCCACAAACAAUGAAAUGGUUCUCAUGUGUGGUUGGAGUUAUUAAGGUAAGUGUUCUCGUAAAAGGUACACAUCAAAAGCUUGUUGGUCGUCUUCGACAAUUUAAUGCCUUAUCAUGGGCCACAUGUAUUGCCAAGUACAAUGAAGUGUGGCAAGUGAUUUGGUUUGCAA